UCAUCAUUUCCGAAAUGUUAUACGCACAAUAUUAUCGUCGUCGUCAACAUUGUCAGAUUUAUAUCCUAAUUUAUAGUCAGAACCGCUACUAACCGCGAGGUACGCACGUUGGCGAUGGCGUGGCUCUGCUAUCGAUUAUUCGUUAAUUUAUUCAUGCCCGCGAGUAGACGACGACGACGACGACGACGAUGCCAUACUGGCCACCACUACCGGUCGAUUCGGACCUCGCUCGUCGGCCACAACACGCGAACUGCCACAUUCCAUGCCGCGCCAUUAUAGUCGGCCGAGGACUGUCCCGACGGACGAGUCAUGCCGCUCGUAUGAUCACCACCGAAGACUACCGACAAUUUAUCUCGCAUCGUUGUCGCGUCCUCGAUGUCGGACGUCGAGGAGGAGUCGGCCGAGAAGCGGCUGAAAAUCGUGUUCGUGGGUGACUCCGGCGCCGGCAAAACUAGUAUCGUUCAGAAGUUUUGCAACAACGAUUUCACCAGGCAGUACGUACCUACUGCGGGCAUCGACUUCUUCCUCAAGAACAUCAGCAUCGGCUACUACAAAAAUGUCAAUCUGCAUUUAUGGGACGUCGGCGGGCUCGCCUUGCACGGCAACAUGCUGGACAAAUACAUUUUCGGAGCACACAUCAUUCUUUUGGUGUACGACGUCACCAAUAGCUCGAGUUUCGACAUUUUGGAAGAGUGGCUUAGUAAAGUUAAGAGUUUCAUUGACGCUUACGAUGAAAUACCUCUAAUAGCGAUAGUGGGUAAUAAAUGUGACAUGGAACAUCAAAGAACAGUUAAGAGAGACAGGUCGCAUCGAUUCGCUGCGGAAAAUGGAUUUCCUUAUCACGAUAUGUCUGCGAGAACAGGAGAAUCGGUAUCUUUAUGCAUAGCAGGUUUAGCGGCGCAAGUGUUGGGUACAAGAUUAACAAGAACAGAUCAAGAUUUUCAUAAACCUAUCAUUAUCGCUGAAAUUGGGGACACAGUAGAUGUGAAUUCAAUACACAAAGUCGUAAAAAGGAUUCCUAAUAAAAAGCAACACCCAAUUGUAUUUCAUCCCCAUUUCCCCGCCUCGAAAUCCGCAGUGUGUGCACUGCAAUGAUAAUCAUCGGACAUUUUUAGAAUACUCUUUUUUAUGUAAAUUUAGCCAAAUAUACAUAUUAAAUUUAUUGGUUUCAACAAAAAUUAUACAAUUACAGUCACAAUAAAUAAUAAAUACCGUAUUUCAUACAUAAUGUUAGUCAAUCUCUGUGCACAAUCAAUUUUAUAUAUAGGUAUAAAUUUCAUUCAUUUGAGUGCGUAUGUAUUCAUAAAUAAUGUGUUCAACAAAUAGAACACAGUAUCGAGAAUGUAUUUUUUUACAAUUGUAUGUCUUGCGCGUGAAUGUACGAAAUUUGUGCAUCGUAUCACAUUCAACUUAUACACUACGUAGAUGAAAAUAAAAAUUAUAUUUAUGUAGUGCGGGGUCAAUGGAUAAAUAUGAUUACAAAAUUUGUAUAGAUUGAAAAAA